UGUGUCUAUAGUAAUUUCGCGAUAAUAAAAGCGCUUACCAAAAAGGGAAUGUACGUAAUUUGAUUCGUUGCGUAAUUUCAACUGGAAAACGAUAAUCCGUUUUAAUAAACAAAAUCAGCGUUACGUAAUAAAUUGAACGCGAUACAAAAUGGCAUUUGCUGGAAAAGUUGUGUUAAUAACAGGAGCUAGCUCUGGUAUCGGUGCUGCAACAGCUGUUCAUUUUGCCCAACUUGGGGCGUCGUUAUUGUUAACAGGUCGUAAUUUGGAGAAUUUAAAUGCAGUUGCUGAAAAAUGUAAACCUAACAAACCGUUUAUUGUAACUGGAGAAAUAACUAAUGAAACCGAUGUUAAAAAUAUCAUUGAAUCCACCAUUAAACACUAUGGUAGAUUAGAUGUUUUGGUCAAUAAUGCCGGUGUAUUGGAAAGUGGAAGUAUAGAAAAUACUUCAUUAGACCAAUAUGAUAGGGUAUUCAAUGUAAACGUACGUUCCAUAUACAAUUUAACAAUGUUGGCUGUUCCACAUAUAGUGAAGACUAAAGGUAAUAUUGUAAACGUGUCAAGCGUUUGCGGAAUAAGAGCGUUUCCAGGUGUUCUGUCAUAUUGUAUGAGUAAAUCAGCUAUCGAUCAAUUUACAAAAUGCGUUGCCCUCGAGCUUGCGCCAAAACAAGUUCGAGUAAACGCUGUAAAUCCUGGUGUUACAGUUACAAAUCUUCAUAAGAACAGCGGUAUGACGGACGAGCAAUUGAAGAAGUUUUUCGAGCACAGUAAAGAAACUCAUGCGCUCGGCAGACCAGGAGAUGUUACAGAAGUCGCGAAGGCAAUUGCAUUUCUGGCAAGCGACGAUGCUAGUUUUAUUACAGGUGAAACUUUACCUGUCGACGGAGGAAGACACGCUAUGUGUCCUCGUUAACUUACAUUUCACUUAUCACAAACAAAUUUAAAUAUCUGUACACUUUUUAUACAAUUUCUGAGAUGUUAUAUUUUUAUAAAAGAACACGAUAUAUCUUAAAUGUAAUAUGAAUUAAUAUCA